UUGCUGCCGGUGUUCUGUGAACUAGUGUUCAAUUUCAGCACGACCUGAAAAUGAAAACAGCAGCAGAACCGAGCACCAUGAAGUUCUGGCUCGUGCUGAGCCUCUCUGCUGUAACUUCAGCGUUUUACUUGGCAGAACAAGACGAGUUUCACUUCAAGUCGUGGAUGGCUCAGCACAACAAGUUUUACAACAUGAAGGAGUACUACCAGAGACUCCAGAUAUUCACACAACAUAAGAAGAGGGUUGACAAGCACAAUGAAGGAAACCAUUCUUUCACAAUGUCUCUGAACCAGUUUUCAGACAUGACGUUCAGUGAGUUUCAGCAGUCUUUCCUCUGGUCUGUGCCCCAGAACUGCUCUGCCACAAAGGGAACCUACCGUGGCAGUAAUGGACCACAUCCAGACUCCAUAGAUUGGAGAAAGAAAGGGAAUUACGUAACGGCGGUGAAGAAUCAGGGAGCUUGUGGCAGCUGCUGGACGUUUUCCACGACAGGCUGUUUGGAGUCUGUUACUGCCAUCGCCACAGGGAAGCUCGUGCCGCUGUCAGAACAACAGCUGGUAGACUGUGCACAGGAUUUUAACAACCACGGAUGUAAUGGCGGUCUUCCCAGUCAAGCAUUUGAGUACAUCAUGUACAACAAAGGACUAAUGACAGAGCAGGACUACCCGUAUACAUCUGUGGAAGAUACUUGUGUGUAUAAACCAUCACUGGCUGCUGCUUUUGUGAAGGACGUGGUGAAUAUAACGCAGUACGAUGAGAUGGGGAUGGUUGAUGCUGUCGCCACGCGCAAUCCUGUCAGCUUAGCCUUUCAGGUGACCUCAGACUUCAUGCAUUACAGCCAGGGUGUGUAUACCAGCAAAGUUUGCCACAACACCACAGACGAGGUGAACCAUGCUGUGUUAGCUGUUGGCUAUGGAGAAGAGCAUGGUACCCCUUACUGGAUAGUAAAAAACUCAUGGGGACCGGACUGGGGCAUGGACGGAUAUUUUCUCAUUGAGCGCGGGAGAAACAUGUGUGGACUUGCUGCCUGCUCAUCUUUUCCUGUGGUCUGAUUGUGUUACAUGUGUUUUACCAAAAAAAAGGAAUCUAAAUAUAUUUUUAAAAUAUAGGAUUUAUUUUAAAGCACAACUUCAACAGCAUGCAUUUUUUUAAGAAGAAGAAGAAGAAA